UUCCGCUGCGACGUUGGUGUCCAGCAGUUUGUGGCAACUUUUUCGCUUCCGGUUGCGAGAGGGGACAUGGACAGAACCAAUGUGCCCCCCGCGGGCCCCAUGGACCUGCCGCUGUCCCUGCUGGAGAUGGGAUGCUCCGGCAGGUUUGAGCUCAUCACACACCCCCUCCCCGGGCAGCCUCUGCCUCCACACAGCACGCUCCCUCAUGGGCUUCCCCCCACCAACCUGAACCUGGAGACAGAAGUAGAAAAACAGUUUUUACGGGACCCUGCAUGGCUUCCUAUACACGACACGGACUUUGCCUUCCAGAAGUUUCUGAAGGUGACUCAGAGAGAGUCUAACGUUGAUUCUCUACUCAAGUGCGCCCAGUCUUCGCUUCACUCUGGUCUCUCUGUUGUCAGAGAUCCAACCACAGGGAUGCUGCAGGACUUCACAGAGGUUUUACUGGAGAACACCGGCCUCUCAGCAAAAAACUCACUGUCAUUUCAACGGCAACCCGGGCCUCCGUCAGAGAGCCUGCGAGGAAGCAACACCAACUACCCCUUCCUUCCCGGAGGAAUGGAGGGGCUGACACUGGACCAAAUCAAGAAGAAAUCUGAGCUGGAGGAGGACAUUGACUUUGAAAAUGAUUUGCUCAGAGUUCCACCAGGUCUUAAAGCUGGGAUGGACUUCACUGACAAAGAUGCCAAAAAGGCAAAGCCAGAGGUCAACCUCAUGUCCCUCCUGUCCACAUUUGAUGACAUUGUUGACUUACAACCUGAGGCGGAGGAGAAGACGGAAGGCAAAGGAGUUGAAGAAGCUCCUAAACUACCCAGAACAAACAGUCUUGAAGACCUAGGCAUCAAGGAGGCUGAGUCAUCCUCCACUCCCUCCGAGAAAGGAAAAGAUGACAAAUCAAAGCCAAAAGAGAAGCCGGAGGAAAAUAAGAAAUGGGCCAUCCCUGUCAACAUCACUUCACCUUGUGAAGAUUUCCAUAAACGCAUCCCCAACCCAGCAUUCAAGUGGCCGUUCGAACUGGACGUUUUCCAGAAGCAGGCUGUGCUCAGGCUGGAAGCUCACGACUCUGUGUUUGUAGCUGCACACACGUCAGCUGGAAAAACAGUGGUGGCCGAGUACGCCAUCGCUCUCUCCCAGAAACACAUGACAAGGACCAUCUACACGUCUCCUAUUAAAGCUCUAUCCAAUCAGAAGUUCAGAGACUUUAAAACCACCUUUGGAGACGUCGGACUCCUGACGGGUGACGUCCAGCUCAGUCCUGAAUCCUCAUGUCUCAUCAUGACCACUGAGAUCCUCAGGUCGAUGCUUUACAACGGCUCAGAGGUCAUCAGAGACCUGGAGUGGGUGAUCUUCGACGAGGUUCACUACAUCAACGACGCCGAGAGAGGGGUCGUGUGGGAGGAGGUUUUGAUUAUGCUGCCUGAUCACGUCAGUAUCAUUCUCCUCAGCGCCACGGUGCCAAAUGCUCUCGAGUUUAGCGAGUGGAUUGGUCGUAUUAAGAAGAGACAUAUUUACGUGAUCAGCACAAUGAAGAGACCUGUGCCUCUGGAGCAUCAUCUGUACACAGGAAACAGCACCAAGACUCAGAAAGAGAUGUUCCUGUUGGUUGAUGCUGUUGGAAACUUCCUCACCAAAGGGUACUAUGCAGCCAUUGAUGCCAAGAAGGAGCGAACCAGCAAACACGCCCAAUCAUUCGGCACAAAAAAUACUUCUCAAAACACUUCGUCCAGUCAGGACCGAGCGGUGUGGCUCACCCUCCUGCACUACUUGUCCCAGCGGCAGCAGACCCCGGUAGUGGCGUUCACCUUCUCUCGGUCGCGCUGUGACGAUAACGCCCGCUCUCUGGACUCCAUGGACAUGACCACGUCCAUAGAGAAGGCAGAGAUUCACUCUUUUUUCCAGAAGAGCCUGAGUCGCCUGCGGGGGGGAGACCGACAGCUGCCUCAGAUCUUGCUCAUGAGGGACCUGUUGAAGAGAGGAAUAGCAGUGCAUCACAGCGGGAUCCUGCCGAUACUGAAGGAGGUCAUUGAGAUGCUCUUCUCACGAGGGCUCGUAAAAGUGCUGUUUGCCACUGAGACAUUUGCAAUGGGAGUGAAUAUGCCCGCCAGGACCGUGGUGUUCGACAGCAUCAGAAAACACGACGGCACCGGCUUCAGGAAUCUGCUGCCAGGUGAGUAUAUUCAGAUGGCGGGCCGAGCCGGGAGGAGAGGACUGGACGCCACGGGCACCGUCAUUAUUCUGUGUAAAGCUGGUGUUCAUGAGAUGGGAGACCUGCAUGUCAUGAUGCUGGGUAAACCUACUAUCCUCCAGUCUCAGUUCAGAUUGACCUACACUAUGAUCCUCAACCUGCUGCGAGUGGAGGCGCUCCGAGUGACUGACAUGAUGAGGAGGAGCUUCUCUGAAAACCACAGAGACACUCAGAGCCAAGAGAAAAGGAUCAGCCAGCUGAAGCAGACGCUGUCCUCUCUGCCUCCUCUGGACACAGAGGGCCAGCUCUCCGACCUCAUGCCUUACUACCACACAGUGACGGAGCUGCGAACCACCACCGAAGCCCUCCAACGAGCUAUUCUGGAGUCUGUGAACGGUCUGAAAGCUCUGUCUGUGGGUCGAGUUGUGGUGGUUAACAACAAACAGCACCGUAACGCGCUCGGAGUUCUCCUACAGGUGUCCAACAACUCUGUGAAUCGCACCUUCACAGCUCUCAUCAUCUGUGAGAAAGGCAACGAGGAAGGAGAAGGAAAAGGCAACCACGACAGCACUUUACCGCACCUCUACAACACAGCUCUCUUUAUACCUGAAGGUCCGUGCAGCCACACGGUGCAGAAGCUGAAGUUUCAGGACAUUUCAUCCAUCACAGUGAAAACCCUCAAAGUGAUGCCCGACAGGAUCAUCGACAACUACAGCAAGAGGCAACAACCACGAUUCAGACACGACCCCCCCGGCCAAGCCAUCUCCACGGCAACUCAGGAGCUCCUGCGUUUGGCCGAGGCCAACCCCGGCGGGUUGGUGACCCUUGACCCCGUUAACGACCUCCAGCUGAAGAGCGUCAAUGUGGUGGAGGACUCCAUGAGGCUGCGCGUGCUGCAGGGGAGCCUCAAAGAUUUCAACUGCAUCCACACGCCCACGUUCGCGGAGCAGUUUGCUCGGGUUACAGAGAGGAUGAGUGUGCAGGAGGAGCUGGACCGGCUGCUGUUCCUGGCGUCAGACCAGUCUUUGUCUCUGCUGCCUGAAUACCACCAGAGGAUCAAGGUGCUUCAGUCCCUCCAGUACGUCGACAGCAGCGGGGCAGUGCAGCUGAAAGGCCGCGUGGCUUGUCAGAUCAGCAGCCACGAGUUGCUGCUGACCGAGCUGCUGUUCGAGAACGUCCUGAGCCCGCUGGCGCCUGAAGAGAGCGCCGCCCUGCUGUCCUGUCUGAUCUUCACACAGAACACGCAGGUGGAGCCGCACAUUACCAACACGCUGCAGGAGGGAAUCGGUCGGGUGCUGUCAGUGGCCAAGCGUAUCGGAGAGCUGCAGAGGGAAUGUGGGAUACCACAGACGGCCGAGGAGUUUGUAGGCCAGUUCAAGUUUGGUCUGACAGAGGUGGUGUACUGCUGGGCCAGAGGCAUGCCGUUCGCAGAAAUCGCCCUGCUCACAGACGUCCAGGAGGGCACGGUGGUCCGCUGCAUCCAGCGCCUGGAUGAGGUGCUGAAGGAGGUGCGACAGGCCGCCCGCAUCGUGGGAGACUCUGUCCUGGGGAGCAAGAUGGAGAAGGCGUCGCUGGCCAUCCGCAGGGACAUCGUGUUCACCGCCUCGCUCUACACCCACUGAGAGGAGGGAGGGUGAGAGUGAGGACGCAUGUGUCUUAAUGUUGGAGGUGUGAGAAAGAUAGAGGUGGACGAGGGAGGUGAAGAGAUGGUGUGUCUUAUCAAGUGCUGUGUGUGCCUACAAAACAUGUGGAUGUUUACAUUUACAAUUUCUGACCAGGAAGAAAUGAAUGAUUUUAACUAACACGCCAAACGACACAAGGAAUGAAGACCUGGAUUGUAAUUUAUUGUACAGUAAUAAAAUCUGUCUUAAAAAA